AUGGCAGCAGCGGAUGUGACGUGGGCGUAUGCCAUACGCGAGCAUCUCAUGCGCUGGGUGCACUUUGGAACUCUGUCACUAAGCUUGCUUGGCUCACAGGUCGUAUGGAGUUUGGAAUUGGCAUAUGGCACGCCAUAUUUGCUGUCUCUAGGCUUAUCGAAGGAGGCUACUGGCUAUGUCUGGAUUGCAGGGCCAUUAAGUGGGCUGAUCAUGCAGCCUGUGCUUGGCUCGCUCUCCGACUCGUCCAUGUCACAGUUCCGCCGGCGCAAGUACAUGCUAGGAUCUUGCGGGGUGGUCGCACUAGCGACCUGCUUGAUCGCAUUCUCUGAACCUAUAUCACUCUAUCUCUUGGACAUCGUAGGCAUUGGGCUUGGUGAUUGGGAUCCCUCCCGGCACAAACACGCUAAGCGUAUGACUCAGGUUCUAAGCGUCCUGGGUUUCUGGAUCCUGGACUUUGCUAUUAAUGGCUUACAGGUCAUCUCACGCGCCCUCAUCUUGGAUCAUGCGGAUGCAUCUCAGCAAAAUGAAGCGAAUGCCUGGCAUGGCCGCAUGUUGCAUGCGGGCAGCAUCAUCGGGUAUUGGUGCGGAUGGGUUGACUUAUCGACGUGGCCGUCGCUCGCAUGGAUCGGUGGUGGCCAGUUCCGUCGCUUUGCAGUUGUGAGUGCUGUAUGCAUGGUCAUAUGUGUAAGCAUCACAUGUCUGUUCACGCCUGAAUACGGCACAAAGCAUACGACAACAUCACCGGAAGGGCUCAUUACACGCAUUGGUGCGUCGGUGCGUCAAGUCGUGCGCGUCGGUCGUGCACUGCCAGUCCCGAUCCAGCGGGUUUGUCUAGUUGAACUGCUUGCAACAAUGAGCUGGUUCCCUUUCUUGUUCUACAGCACAACGUACGUGCUUGAUAUGGCCCACCGGAAGCACAAACGUCAUUCCGAUGCUGAUCAUGAGCUUGGCAGCUUUGCGAUGCUGUGUUUUGCUCUUCUCGCUAUGGUCUCAGGGCUUGUACUUCCGUCUCUGUCGCUUGCCGGUAAAAUGCGUCCCCCGUUGCUCGAGACUCUCCCCCCCACAUCGUCGUCACGGCGUCGUGUCCGUGGCAUGAGCUUGCGCACUCUCUGGACGUUUGGCUCUUUACUCCAAGCCGUACUCAUGCUAAGUACCUUUUUCAUCUACACACAAAAGCAAGCCAUUCUUCUUGUAAUGCUUAUGGGUGUUCCCUGGAGCGUGUGGAUGUGGGUCCCAUACGCUAUGAUCGGGGAAUUUGUUCGCGAAGCGGAACGCUCCAGCAUGUUCCAGUAUUCGGACGAACAAUGGCCAGCACAGCGCAUCAUGGAGCACCAACGCAGCAGCAUGCACGAGUCUAUUCCCGCGCAGCGCCCGCACCCCUAUCCGAAGGGGUUUGAUGCAACGUCACAGCGCAGUGUGUCGGGUCCGUACGGGCCGUCUAUUGUGUCUCGCGGCCCCGAUGUUGUUCGCCCGGACGAAAAUCCUGCGCUCUUGGAAGAGAGUGCUUGUGGCGGCACAAUCCUGGGUAUCCACAAUUUAUCGAUCGUUCUUCCGCAGUUCUUAGUGGCCCUGAUUGCUUCUUUGAUCUUCCGCUCCAUCAAAGACGGUCAGGGCGAUGUCGCCUGGGUCCUUCGCUUCGGUGGUGUAAUGGCUCUAGGGGCGGCUAUUUUAACCCGUCUUGUGCCUCUCACACUAUCGGAGCGUAAGGUUCGCCAUAUCGGCUAUACAUUGCUUCCUGAUGAAGAAGAAGCUGGUGGCACGGGACCCGAUGAUACCGAGGUCUAUGAAACGUAUAUUGACGAGAGCCGGGACUAUUGCCUUUCCGAGUGGCUGGUGUGUGAUUGUCUAUGGGUCCAAAUUCCGUGA